UGAAAAAGUACAUUUUAUUAUGCAAUAUUUGGAACCAAACGGCUAAGAUGCAUGGUUUUAUAUGUCACCAUCCUCUUAAACAAAAUAAUUCAAGUUUCGUACGUAUUUGAGGCUUUGACCCAAAAGUACAAAGAAAACAGCAGCUUCCUUGCAAUGCCUCUGCGUUUUUUUUUUUUGGGCUCAACUCAAGUGCUCAACGUCGUGGUUUGACCCUUUGACCCAAUCUGGUUGUCAUUCUAGACUGUCUUGCUCUCUCCUCAAAAAUUUCUUCAAGAUUACACAUUUUUUUGGUCAACUUUUUCACCUAAAAUUAUAGAAAAACCAUUAUUCUCUUCACUUCUUCUUAAAAUCUUAAUCUUGUCAAACACACACACUCACACAGUAACUGGAACCCCACUUGCCCAAAUAAGACUCUAUAAAUACACGAUCAACCUCCCUAACUCAAAACCCAAUAAUCUCAAACAUCCAUCUCCUCAUCAAAUCAAAGACCCUUUUUACGUACUUUUUUUUUAUUACUCGUUAACUCAUCAAUCAUCGUAUACGUUUUGUUACAAGUGAUAUAUCAGUUCCAAAUAAUAUGGCUGGUGGCGUUUAUGACAGAGAUCCAGUUAAGGUUGUGAUCAUCAACACACAAUACGUAGAAACCGAUGCAACCAGCUUCAAAUCAGUUGUUCAGAGGCUUACCGGAAAGGAUUCCAAAAUCGGGAUGAACCCUUUUCCUUCCCCUACUUCUUCUGAAGGCGGUAGAAAUAUCAAGAAAGAAGAGCUGAUGAUGAGGCAGCUUCCGAUGACAACCGGCCGGUCAAAUGUUCCGGUCAUGGGUCGAGGUUUGUCUUUUAAGGAUUUUGAUCGGUUGCUUAAGGAGUUGCCGCCUUUGGACGAGCUUUUCCGUCUUUGUGCUGAUUAAUAUGCCACCACCACAACAACAACAAACAUUUUUCGUCCAUUCAUUUUUGCGACUAAAAAACAGUAAAACUGGGACACAUACAGUCCUUAUAGCAAUGUCUGUACGUACUACUAUAUAUUUGUAUAUGAAAAGUUAUAGGGUCCUAGAUUUUUUAUUUUUCUUUUCCAAAAUGUUUGUUUAUUCUUUAAUUGAUUAAUCUUAAAUUUAGUUUUUUGACAAUAAGAUCGAUCGAUAUUUUAUAUGAUGAUCAAGAUACAAGUGCAUCAUUGAUAUAUUUAUUUAUUUUUUGUGAUGGGAAAUAUAUUACUACUCCUACAUUAUUAAUUAUAUCCAAAUCAACAUGAUUGCUAAUAACGA